CAGUGACGUAACAAUAAUUACUGUUUCUCGCUCAUUCAUCCAUUAUUUAUUUCCGGUCGUAGUACGGCGAUGGUUGUGUUUAUCGAAUCUCAGUUUAAAUUAUAAAUAGCACAAUUUUAAACAGAAUUAGUGUAUUAUUCAAAGAGAAACUGCAACUAUGGCGCUGGGAGCCUACGCUGAAGAAUAUUUUCGAUCCAUGAAUCCCAUAGCUUCGAAAAUCCACGAAGAUAUUGUUGAUGCAAAAAAUUCUUACGAAAAUAUAUGGGAAACACUAACGGAAAAAGAAAAGACUGAAAUUAUAAACGAAUCUCUGAUAAAACCUGACAUUAGUCUGAAGUACGCCCUCCUAGACACCCUAGACUUUGAUAUAAACGACCCACCUGUCCGUAAAGAUGACUUAAUGUCAUUCUUCGGUCGAGAACAUGGACAAAAACUUAUUCAAGAUGAGCACGUUUCAUAUAGAGAUGAACACAGUAGUCCGUUCCUUUACCAAACGAAGAGCCAAUUAAAUCUGUGUAUUCUAAGUGACUGCAGAGCUCCGAAGGAUGUCAAACCUACAUCCCCACCUCCUAUCAUGUCCGAGCUAGCUCUAUCACACUCCAAAGUGGUAUCCGAGUUGAAGAAUGCUUUGAAGUCCCAUGAUGUCCUCCGGAGUACUUAUAAGGAGGGUUCGGAGAGGGAAGUGACUUCUCCAGGCUUCAUCAGCAAGUUUAUUGGCAAUUUCAAGUGUAAGGAUGAGGAACGAGAGUGCCUUGUGUCCGUCGGCCCUCAAACUCAAAUUGUAGCUUCCUCUGAGAAUUUCUUCAGGACAAAUUUCAAGAGUCCGCAGCCUGAAAAUAAGUAUGAAAAGGAUUAUAGAAGCAGUGUUGUGAAGUCAAGUAGCGACUUAUCAGAAGAGAACAGAGGUCUUCUAUCUUCGAGUCAAGCAUCAUCAGGAACAGAUUUCCAGUCCACGGAGACUCUAACAGACUCAGUACCGAAGACAGGGUACGAUUUCUUAGAUAAUUGGUAAUUUUUGUUACACCAGACCCCUUUUUUUAGCAAUAUGUUAUUUUUUAUAAUUGUUAUUGAAAAAUUGACAAUGGAUUUGGUCUAUGUUUGCUGUUUUUGGGCGUUUUUGUAUCAUCCGAUCCGAUAUUGAUGUAAGGCUGUCCUGAUGUCGCAGUCCGGCUGGACUCUUUGGCAAUGCGUAGGGAUGUAGCCUCGCUGUGUGUUUUAUGUCGCCUAUACCAAGGGGAUUGCUCCGCGGAAUUGUUCGGUUUAAUAACCGCCGCACACAUCCGCCAUCGACCCAAAAAAAAAAAAAUUAUCAUCCGCAUCACAUAAAUGGUCAACAAUUGCGUGAUUUUCGCGAAUCUUUCUGUCUUGCACAGCGCUCCAAAAAUGAUCUUCCGGCGGCGGUAUUUCCGAACUGACCUUUAAAUCUACAAGAAUCGUGCGUCCCAAAAUCUUAACGCCCUUAAUCCCCAAAAUGUCGGCGACUCGUGACUCCUCCGCUG